UUUAGAAAAUUUUAUUGAGCAUAUAAAUUAUUUACCAUUGAACAAUACUCAAAAUAGUAUUGAAAUAAAAAAUAAACGUUAUAAACUUAUACAAGAAGCAAAACGUACUUGGUUAAAUAUAUUUUUCAAUGUUUAUGAAUACAAACUACAAAAAUAUGAGCAACAAUAUGAAAAUGAAUUUAAAGAACUAGAAAUACAACUAUUCAAUAUUAAUAUUACAAACGAUGGCGUAUCUAUUUUGAAUAAAUUUAAAAAAUAUAUAACUUAUCGAACAAAUCGAUUAAAACAAGAUAUCUCUAAUAAAAUAUCAUCUUCUCGAGGUAUACUACUUCAAAAUCGUCACCGUUCAUCAUUAGCUAAAAAUAUGAUUGGUGUGUCACCUGAACCAUAUCUAGAUCUUAUUGACAAUCCAUUCAAUACAUUACAAUGGAAUCAACUUUCACUUGGUCCAUCUUAUAUAAGAUUAAAUCAAAGUGCUAUUCGUCCAGAAAAACAACAACUAAAAGAACUAGAAAAGGAACAUAAAGAGAUUUAUCAGAAAGUUGAAUUGAAUCUAAUUAAAAAUCAAGGUAUUCCAUUGACAGCACCAAUUUUCAAACGAUAUUCAACAAAUCUUCUUAAUUCUCUUCGUCAUUAUUAUUUGACUCCAUUAUCAUAUAAAGAUCAAAUAGAAGCUUAA